UCACCACUCAACCGUUCAAAGUGGACGCACACCUGUAUCUUCUUGGUUUUCGGAAUCAAUAGCUCGUCCUUCUCCGCUUCGGAUCAACUCUACACUCUGCACUCGCACACUUGUCUUCUUUCUCCUUUAAUUCGUUGCUCGAGCCUUGCAAGGGACAGGAUAUAGUCAUGGCAGCCUCUAAUUACGAUGCGCAGGCAAGCACAAACUACAAAGAAGCCUUUGCGCUCUUUGAUAAGCGGGGCAAUGGGCGCGUGGCUCUUGAAUCCCUCGGUGAUUUACUGAGAGCAUGCGGGCAAAACCCGACAUUGGCAGAGAUCAGAGAUCUGGAGAAGACCGUUGGUGCCGACUUCGAUUUUGAGACCUUUUCCAAAAUCCUCAACCGACCAGGCGGCUUCCGCGAGCCGGGUGAACCCGAAGAAUACUGCAGAGGCUUCCAGGUAUUUGACAAGGACAUGACGGGUUUCAUUGGCGUUGGCCAACUGCGGUACAUCUUGACGAAUUUGGGCGAGAAAAUGUCGGAUGAGGAGGUGGAUGAGUUGCUGAAGGCUGUGGAUACAGGAAAUGGGGAGGUCAACUAUACUGAUCUCGUACGCACGAUCCUCGCAAACUAGACCUUACCUCUCCUUAUUACAAGUCGAAACGUAGGAACGAGCAGCUUAAUGGGGAGUCAUGGAUCAGAAAGGGGAGAACAUUCAAUUGUAGGACAUAAAUAUACAGCAUGGAUAGGGCUGUAACCUGGGGCGUUAUUACUGUACGAGCUUGGAAUUUCAGUUUUCAUUGCAGCAUGAGA